UGUGUGCAAGAAAAGUAGCCAGCUAAAAGAAGUGACUGCUGUGGAGGACAGCAUGACCACCAUGAAAGGAAGCUGCCUCCUUGCACUGCUGUUGGCAGGAUUUGGUGUAUUAGGAAUACUGGAUCCAAUGACAAGAGAAGAUACCCACUGCCACAGAGCUGAGCACCCAGUCAUUGCAUUUAAAGAAAUUGCCCCUUGGUUACAUAUAUUCAGAGCAGAAGAUGCUGUGGACUUCUCACAGUUAACAUUUGACCCAGGACAAAAAGAGCUUAUUGCUGGAGCAAGAAACUACCUCUUCAGAUUGCAGCUUGAGGAUCUCUCUCUAAUACAGGCAGUGGAAUGGCAAUGUGAUGAAGCUACUAAAAGAGCCUGUUACAGUAAAGGCAAAUCAAAGGAGGAAUGCCAGAAUUACAUUCGAGUGCUUCUUGUUGGAGGCAACCAUCUCUUUACCUGUGGAACCAACGCGUUUACUCCAAUCUGCACUAAUCGGACGUUAAGUAACUUGACAGAGAUACACGAUCAAAUCAGUGGCAUGGCUCGUUGUCCUUACAGUCCCCAGCACAACUCCACUGCUCUUCUCACUUCCAGUGGGGAAUUAUAUGCUGCAACAGCCAUGGAUUUUCCAGGAAGGGAUCCUGCUAUUUAUCGCAGUCUGGGGGCCCUUCCUCCUCUCCGCACUGCCCAGUACAACUCCAAGUGGCUGAAUGAGCCAAAUUUUGUGUCAUCUUAUGACAUUGGGAACUUUACCUACUUUUUCUUCCGGGAGAAUGCAGUGGAACAUGAUUGUGGGAAAACAGUCUUUUCUCGUGCUGCUCGGGUGUGCAAAAAUGAUAUUGGUGGCAAGUUUGUGCUGGAGGAUACCUGGACUACCUUCAUGAAAGCUCGGCUGAACUGCUCUCGCCCUGGAGAAAUUCCAUUUUACUAUAAUGAACUACAGAGCACUUUCUUUCUGCCAGAAUUGGACUUGAUUUAUGGGAUUUUUACCACUAACGUGAACAGCAUAGCCGCAUCAGCAGUUUGUGUUUUCAAUCUGAGUGCCAUAACUCAGGCCUUUAAUGGACCCUUCAAAUACCAGGAAAACUCUCGCUCUGCUUGGCUUCCGUAUCCCAAUCCUAACCCUAAUUUUCAGUGUGGUACCAUGGACCAGGGACUGUAUGUGAAUCUGACAGAGAGGAAUCUUCAAGAUGCUCAAAAAUUCUUUUUAAUGCAUGAGGUUGUUCAACCAGUUAUUCCAAUUCCUUACUUCAUGGAAGACAACAGCCGAUUUUCCCAUGUGGUUGUGGAUGUCGUGCAGGGCAAGGACAUGCUUUUCCAUAUCAUUUAUCUCGCCACAGACUAUGGUACUAUUAAGAAAGUACUUGCCCCAAUGAACCAGACUUCAAGUAGCUGCCUGCUUGAGGAAAUUGAACUCCUGCCAAAAAGUCAGCGAGAGCCCAUCAGGAGCCUUCAGAUCCUGCACAGCCAGAGUGUCCUUUUUGUAGGCCUUCAGGAACAUGUAAUUAAAGUCCCCCUGAAAAGAUGUCUCUUUUACAAAACAUACAGUGCAUGCAUUGGAUCCCAAGACCCUUAUUGUGGUUGGGACAUGGUGAUGAAGAAAUGCACAACGCUGGAAGAAAGUCUGAGCAUGAGUCAAUGGGAGCAAAGCAUUACUGUGUGUCCAAUGAGGAAUCUGACAGUGGACGGGCAUUUUGGAACAUGGUCACAAUGGAAACCUUGCACACACAACGACGGUGCCAGUGUUGGCUCCUGCCUUUGCAGAACACGUUUGUGUGACAGUCCUGCUCCUCAGUGUGGAGGUUGGCUGUGUGAAGGACCAACCAUGGAGAUUGCCAACUGUUCCAGAAAUGGAGGCUGGACACCAUGGACUUCUUGGUCACCUUGUAGUACCACAUGUGGAAUAGGCUUUCAAGUUCGUCAGCGUUCCUGCAGCAAUCCAACCCCUCGACAUGGAGGACGUGUCUGUGUGGGACAGAAUCGUGAGGAGAGGUACUGCAAUGAGCAUUUGUUGUGCCCCCCUCAUGUGUUUUGGACAGGCUGGGGUCCGUGGGAGCGCUGCACAGCUCAGUGCGGUGGAGGGAUUCAGGCACGGCGUAGGACAUGUGAAAAUGGUCCUGACUGCCCUGGCUGCAGCGUGGAAUAUCAGCCUUGUAACACCAAUGCCUGCCCAGAGUUAAAAAAGACAACUCCUUGGACGCCUUGGACCCCAGUCAAUAUUUCAGACAAUGGUGGCCACUAUGAACAACGCUUCCGAUACACCUGCAAAGCGCGCUUGCCUGACCCAAAUUUGCUAGAGGUGGGAAGGCAAAGGAUUGAAAUGCGUUAUUGUUCCAGUGAUGGCACCAGUGGAUGCUCGACAGAUGGAUUGUCAGGGGACUUCUUGCGUUCUGGACGAUACUCUGCUCAUACCAUCAAUGGUGCCUGGUCACCCUGGUCGCCAUGGUCUCAGUGCAGUCGUGACUGCAGCAGAGGUAUACGGAAUCGCAAACGGGUCUGCAGCAAUCCUGAGCCCAAGUAUGGAGGACUUCCUUGCCUUGGCCCAUCUCUAGAGUACCAGGAAUGCAACAUUUUGCCUUGUCCAGUGGAUGGAGGCUGGUCUUGUUGGUCAUCCUGGUCAAAGUGCUCAGCAACUUGUGGAGGAGGGCAUUACAUGAGAACCCGCUCAUGCACAAAUCCAGCACCAGCAUACGGAGGGGACAUCUGCCUUGGACUGCACACUGAAGAAGCACUCUGCAACACACAGCCAUGCCCAGACAGCUGGUCCGAGUGGUCCGAGUGGUCUGACUGUGAUUCAUCUGGCUUCCAGUUCCGUGUUCGUCAGUGCAUCAUUUUGUUUCCAGUGGGCAGCCAGUGCACAGGCAACACCACAGAGAGCCGAGCCUGUGCUUUGGACUCCAACUUUAUACCAGAGAUAUCAGUGGCACGAUCCAGCAGCAUAGAAGAAAAACGAUGUGGCGAGUUCAAUAUGUUUCACAUGAUCGCAGUGGGAUUAAGUAGCUCAAUACUUGGAUGCCUUCUUACCCUGCUUGUUUACACUUACUGCCAACGGUAUCAGCAACAGUCCCAUGAUGCAACUGUAAUCCAUCCGGUGUCACCAGCUCCUCUAAAUACCAGCAUUACCAACCAUAUUAACAAACUGGACAAAUAUGAUUCUGUAGAAGCCAUCAAGGCAUUUAACAAGAACAACCUGAUUUUGGAGGAGAGAAACAAAUACUUCAAUCCACAUCUCACUGCAAAGACUUAUUCUAAUACCUAUUUUACAGAUUUCAAUAAUUAUGAUGAGUACUAAUGGGCUUGUGUAUUUUCUGGCCUCCUGUAACUCCCCAGUCCCCAAGGCCUGUGCUACUUGACUGCUCAUGUGAUUGAGGCUUCAGAGAUGAAGUUCAGAGACAUUUCAAGCACGAUCCAAGCCAUCAAUGUCCCAUUGCUGCCAAAAGCCCAAAACACCUGCUUGUGACAUGAUGUUUUCUUUGCAGAGUGCAAGGUUGGCCUUCAGUGUUGGAUGCAGCUAUAGAUCCCUCGAUGUCGCUGGACCACUCAUGAGGAUUGCAUCACAUCAACUCAGUUUCAUUAACUUCCAGUCAGAUUGCUCUAACAAGUAAUUCCUGAGCUUUAAAAGAACCCACAAUGUUACCCCUUAAAUCUACGCCAGGAGUACAAAUCUAACUUUCUUUUUAAAUAUUGUCUUUUAUUUCCAUGAGGUCUGAAAAGGGAUCUCUGCUGUUAGCCAUGGGAGUCCUCUGUGCAGUCACACCACCAAAAACAGCUCACGGGGUGCUGGGAACAGCAAGAAGAAAUGUGUUGGUUUAGCAAUGCUCUGCAGCUCUGGGAUCUGUAGGGCUGAUCUUCCUGGCCUGUAAAUCACUCCAGCUGCAGUUCAGAGUGCAGACACUAAGGACGUACUUGAGGGAUAUAAACUUGUAAUUAACCCAGAAGGCCACGGGGUUAGUGGUUUCCAGUUGUGAGCUACGCCCAUUCACAUAAAGCCUUCACCUAGUUCAGUUUAAUUUUUGGGAGGGUCUGGAAGGGCAUGGACCACACAGAGGCCAAGGGAGGAGGGCAGAUAGGAAAGGCACACUGGAAGGUUUUUCUGUGUAUGGUUAGUAAACAGCCUUGCUGCAGCACGUAGGUUUGCAGAAGUCACGGCAUUCCCCAGGCUUCCUUUCCUUGGUGUGUGUGAAUGGGAACCCAUUCCUCACUCUGCUGUAGCCUUCGCCAUCAGGCUGGUCAUGGAAAGAUAUGACUGCACCAUCUUGUGUACCAUCUCAGGCUCUUGGGGAUACAUAGACAUAGAUCUGCUUUUCUCUUUUUGCUUUCAUUUUAUAUGCACAUGUCUGACAAGCAAAGCUGGCUCAGAAAACGCAGAUGUAUUUGCAAAGCAUCUCAUCUUGCUGCCAUGUCCAACCACGCUAGUCAGCCCCUAGAGGAACAUUCUUAUGGUAUUUUAAGUGAUUAUGUUGUUGAACUUCAUUGAUGUAAAUAUUUAAAAUACUGUUUGAGUUUUAAGUUAUCAGUUUUAAUUCCUUUUUUAGUGGCAGGUGAGGAAACACAAAGAAUUUUUAUGCCGUUUUACUUUGUUCUGUCUGUCUUCACCCACAUUCAUGACAUUGUUAUUUUUGUAUCUGAAAUUCCAGGUGUAUAACUAAAAAAAAAGGGCAGGGAUUCGGGUCAGAUUUUCCAGAGUACUUAGUAGUAAGGCAGUAUUUGCUAUUCUCAGAAGCUUAUGAAAAGAAAUUAAAAAUUAAUAUUAAGGAGUAAAGAAUUGGGCUUUCAGUUUUUUGAGCAUGCUAGAUGCAGAGAUCAUCACACUGGAGUACCAGGAAUGUAUGCAAAGAGAAACAGAGUGGAAAUGUUUCCGUUCUGUGUUUAGAGUCCUUGAUCAUUAGGUUACACUAUGAUAAGCAAAUAGAGAAAAACAUGUAUAGAUUAUAAGUAUUCACAAUAAAAAAAGGCAAAAAGUACCAAGAAACAUUGAUCAUGCGAGAAUGCAUUUUGAGCAUUGAUUUGAGCAAGGAUAAACACCAUCUCUAAUGGUAGCAGUGAGCAACAUUUUUGAAUGGGGAUAGAGCUGAAUGUAGCACUAUGCUUCCUAUCUCAGUUCUGCAGUACAAUGAAAAAAUGCAAAGUAAGUGGUCUUUGAAAAGCUGUGCAGCAAAAUGAAUGCACAUUUAGCAUCUAUGAAAAUAAUUAAGAUCUGACACUCAUUUUUUCCAGCUGAAUAGUUCUCCCUCUCUGUCAAAAGAAACCACCCCACCCUCACACCAGUUCAUCCCCAGAAAGUAUAAUAAUACUGGUUCUGUAUAAUUUGUGAUUUUUUUUACUGUUUAUUAGAUUUGGUUUUCCAGGAGGAAAUUAGCUGAUUGCCUUGGGUAAGAAAAUGUAGUGAAACAGAUAGAGGGAAAAAAAGCCCUUGGAAUCAUAACCAGUCCAGUACAUGAAUCACUCUGUCCAUGCCAAAAGAUAAAAUUUUACAUUUAGUAAGAUAAAUAAAAUCUAUAUUGCUGCCACUGCCAGGAAAAAGCAGCACAUGCACAUACACUGAUAUGCACAACACUGUUCCUCUCUGCCCUGUACUAAAAGCACAUUAUUCUGGCUUAUGGAUUUUAUAUUUAGACUAUUAGUUAUGAGACCAAUAUCUUAAAAAUAUUUGAAUUAUGUAUUUUUAUUUUAAGCUUUUAAAAUGAAAAUUAUCUGAAAUUAGCUUUAUUUUUUUUAACUCUUCAGUAGUCUGAAGCACGCCUAUCUUUGCAGUCAUCUGUUUUCCAUUCUUUUCAUGGAUAGAUACAUAUUUUAGAUUUGCGUUAUAUAUGCGGUAAUAAUACUCUAGGUUAAGUCUGCAUGAUCAUAGAUAGAGGUGCAUUUAGCAGAUGCUCAGGCUGCUCAUGCUUCCAUCUCCCCAAGGAGUAUUUCACGUGUUCCAGACCUUUGAGCAACUCCCAUGUAGAUGCCAUUUAAACACCAUACCAAAUUGUUAGGAAAGUGUUUCUUUUCAACUUUUUUUUGCCAUUUAGCUUCCUAAAUUUCAUUGCUCUAAAUUGCAGGUACAGGUAUAUUCAAACCUGUGUCUAAAUCAGCAGGGUAAACAUGGAAAUUUCAUAGCACUUCAAUGAGAAAAAAUUUAUGGCAAGAUCUCACGGUCAAGCUAGAUUCUGAGACAACAGGUUUUAAAGCCAUUAGGUAUUUGUAUCUUAAGUAAUUCUCAAGGACCCCAGAUGCACUGCCUAUAUCAGUAUUUUCACCUUCGGAAUUCUACACAGCUGUCCAGGUAGUUUAAUACAGCCUUUCCUAAGACAUGGAGCAAAGCAAAUUUCAGUCUCUUAAUUUUCAAUUUAUUUUAUUUAGCUUUUCUUUUUCUUUUUUUUUCCUAAACAGGCUACAGAUAUUAUAGUGAAAAUCAGAUUUCCCCAUGAAAGCUCUUACUUUUCUUUUGCCAAAAAUGUAAUGAGUAGGCAUUUUCCUCCUUAUCUUGUUUAAGCCAAAAGAGCUCUCAAAUGUGCAGAAGGGAAAAUUUUGGUUCUUAGAGCAUUGUUCUCUUUUUGGAAAGGGAAAACCAACUCCCUUGCCAAUUAAAUGCUGUGCUUAAAUACCUUUUGCUUGUAUAAAGUGAUCUUUUUUCAAUAAAUAAUUGUAUUACCUCUGACACCAAUAGUUAAUAUUACUAAACCACUUUUAUACUGAUUGCAUAAAUUUUAAAAUUUCUCUAUUUUGAAUGCAAACAUUUUGACAGAUAGAUCAAAAUUCUCUGUGUGAAUCCGUUUCUUUGUAAGCCUGUUACAUAGAGUGAGGAGGAAGCAGGAUUGCCAGUCUUUACACUAUAUACUUUCAUUGGAUAAGUCAAAGUAGAAUUGUGUUUGAGUGCACAUUUUGGGCCUAUUUUUGUGUCUGAUACACAGUGCACAUUCCUUAGUUUCUUAGAAAAUGGACUCCUGUGCUUGCAGAUUUAUCUUGUACUUUGAUUUGAGUCUAAUGACCUUUAUGGUCAUUUAAAGUUACUUUUCAUGGAAGCUUUUCCAGCCAUUUGCAGUCACCUGCUGUUGGAGCAGUGUUAUUUAGCUAAAACUAAUCAAGAGAUUUUUUACUAGGAUUAGGAUUUUCUUAGGAGUGGGAGAAAGAAUGGGGCUUAAAUGGCACUGAUUUCCAGGCUAUUAAGCAGUACUGAUUAAAGUCUCAGAUGGGUAUAGGAUACUGUGGAUUUAGUUAGCUUGACCAGAGCUCCACAGUAACCUCUGGAAAAAUACCAUGUCAAUGUACAAAUCAAGAGCUACCAAAGCACUUAGGUUAAGUGAAGAAAGUUCUGAGAGCAUCAGACCAUAUGGCUGUUGAAAUCAGGAAAGAGAGUAAGAGGUCCCAGAUGCAACAAAAAUGUUAAUGGGAAUAAAUGCUUCAAUAUUUUUUUCCUCAGAAUUAUGGAACAAAUAUAAUCACUUUUUUAAAUGUGGGACCAGUUUUAUUGUAAUCAGCACAACAUAAGUACAUUCCUGAAGUUAACUGUAUGCAUAAUGGCUUUGCUGUAUGAGAUCAGUUCCGUAAACAGUUUGGUCCAAGCUUAUCUUGCUCUGCUUGAGGCAUCCGACUAACUUGUGAUUGUAGCUGCCACCAGCACCCUCUAUGUCUCACCUGGGAGAACAUCCUUAGAUGGACAGAGUUACAUCCUGGUGAGGGCUUGUGUCUCUUGCUCAACGCUAUAGUGAGCCUGGAGAGACACAUGUUUAAUAGUCAUUUGGAUGCCUAAAUUUGAAUUUGCAAAAGCUAGGCUCUUGAGUAUGAUUUUACUCGUCACGUAAGUAACCACACCAAGUUCAGUGGUAUGGGUGUAAGAAGUUACUUAUUUUAAUGUGUUUACAGAAUUGAGCCCAAAAUGUAUUGCUUCUGCACAAAUCCAUGCACAGUACAAGAUGACUUCAAUAGUAAGAAAACAGAUUCAUUUAAAAUUGUUCACAAGCAGAUCUGCAUCUUGAUAUCAGGGAAUAGAUAUGUGUUCAUUGUGUGGGGUAUUUGAAUUCAUUCCUUUCUUUGCUAAAUAAAUGAAUGAUAAAACAAGAUACUGCUUGACUUCAUUUAAAAGCCAUUCUUCCAAAUAAAGAAGGGUUCUGGGAUCUGUGAA